AUGCAGAAUAGUACUGACGGCUGCAAAGCCGUCAUUACCGCCACUCUAGGCUUUGUAAAAGUCGCGUCAUAUUCAGAUGAACCACUUGUCAAAGUUUGCCCAGGAACCUUGCAGCAGGACAGCGUCAUGCCAGCAGCCGAUCUGAUCGAAUGCCCUGAAAUGUUCGUUGAGCGGAAGAAAAGGGUACUGCAACAACCCAGGUCAUCUGCCAGCAUGGGACGAGAUAGCGUGUCGACUUCGACGACACAAUAUGGCAGAUGCCGCAAGUUCCUGCACAAGCUGGACUUGCAGUAA